AUGACAGCUGGGAGCAGCUAUAUCCCUAUGGAGGAGAUGGAAGCGGCGCUGUCAACAGAUCUCGUAUCACUUUCACUGUGGGCAUCGGGGCACAGAUGCGUGACAUAUCCAGCUCAAAACCUUGUUCUCCUUCUUUCCGAGCGGAUGUACCCCCGCUUGCGCUGGAACGUUCCAGUGCAUCCGGGCGUCUGGACAGCGCUCUCUUUCGGUCUUUGUAUUUACUUCUUGGAAACCUCAGCUGGUGACGCAAUGGACGGAGAUCACUCUCGCGACCCAUGUCCGUAUGUUCACCUGUCCGACUUUGGCGCUGGCUUCGCUAUGGGGGCGAUAGGAGGCGGAAUCUGGCAUGGUAUUAAGGGAGCACGGAGCAGUCCCAAGGGGAACCGGUUGAUAGGCUCACUUUCAGCCAUCAAGGCCCGAGCGCCCGUCGUAGGCGGUAAUCUCGCCAUCUUUGGCGGACUGCUAUCUACCUUUGAGUACGUGCGCAGUGAAGGGGUACAGACAAAAGGAGGAUCCGUGGAAUUCUGCGGACCACGAGCGAUGAUGGGGUCUGCAGUAAGCUGUGCGAUCUUGAUGGGGGGUGUUCCAGGGUACGCACCUCUCGUAUCUCCACUGUCAGCUGUUAGUGGUCCCAUGCUCACCGGCUCUGUAGGGGUGGGAGUAGUCAUGAGCAGAGCACUUGCGCAGCCUAUUCCACCAACGCAAAUACCGACAUCGCCACCUCUAUCGCUGGCAGCUUAG